UUGCCACACUACCGACACAUCCCCCUGGAGAAUCCCGCGAUACAAAUUCGUUUGCUAAAAGCAACGCCGACUCUGCGCUAUAAUACGGACUUGGUGUCCCAUGCCCGAGCCCCUCGUUACAACGCCAUCUCGCACACCUGGGGCGAGCCAAAGAACAACACGACUAUUGUCGUCGAUGAGCGUCCCUUGACGGUGAGGCAAAACUGCUACGAUGCGUUACUGCAAGCACAUCGCUUUGAUCGACACAUCUAUCUGUGGAUCGAUGCUAUUUGCAUUAAUCAAGCCGAUGACGAAGAAAAGAGUUGCCAAGUGCACAGGAUGCAUGAUAUCUACCUCUGGGCCGACCACGUACUGGCGUGCCUUGGUGAA